UUAUCUUAAAAAGUCCCACUUAUAAAUUUAUUAAUAGCGCGUUCAAUGUACGGUGGUACAUUUUUAUGUAUGAUAUAUCUGUGAAAUUCCCCAAGUACCCAAGUAUCGACUUACUGUAUCAGAAGUAACUUGUAAGUAGUGAUUAGUUCAAAGGUUGAGCGCAAAGAGAAAUAGUACUUAGUUUUGAAGUAAAUACAAAUUUAUUCUUUUAUACAAUGAAUAACACACCAGGUGAAGAAUAUCCUGAAACUGGACGAGUUAGAGACGUUUGCUUGAAUUGGAUGGUUAAAGAAGACGGUGCCCUGGCUUAUCUCUUGCAAACGGAGGAAUUUGACAAACAUUUUUGUGGCAAUAAACAGAGGAGUGCCUUAGCACGAAACGACUUCAAUUUGGCUAAAAAUGAACAAAUCCUGGAAGAAAAAAUAUAUGAAAAAAAUGCUGCUGGACAUCAACUAGUGUUAUCAUAUCAAGAAGAGAGGGACAAAAAAAUUGCUGAAAAAUUAACAUGGGAUGAGGUAAAACAAGAUAAGAUUGAAUGUUCUUGUUUGGCAAAUUACGACUCUAAAAAUCCUAGAAAAUUAUAUGAAAAGGAAUUAGCUGGACACAAUCACGUUGUUAUUAAUGAUGAGUUACAUAUUUCAAAUCUUCACUACUUAACUACAAAUUCACUUCACAACAAGUCAACUCAAACAGAGUCUCUGACAACAAAUAAUUCUUCUGGUUAUAAUGUUAUUUCGUGUGAUCUGCAUCAACAAAAAGAAGCAGGUAAUCUUAGCCAAGAAAAUACUAUACAGGAAGAAGAAGAUGCUGAGUUGGCAAUACGAUUGCAAAUACAAGAAGUUUCUCUGCAAGAAGCUUUGGAAAAAGAUAGACUAUUGGCUUUAAAAACACAGAAUGAUGAACUUGCUAACUUAUUAUAAAGAACAUAAGUAAUCAGAUACUUGAAAAGUGAAAUUCAUAAUUUUUAAAGGUAUUAUGCAGUGAAACAUUAUUCUUCUUGAAGGUAUUCCUAUUCAAUAUAAAACAGAUACUAUUACUAUGUCCAAUAAUGACAAAUGGUUUUCACAAGUUUGCAAUCUUUGAAUUGGUUUAGUAUUUAAAAUUGUUAUGAGUCAACAUUACACGAAAGUUAUAAUAAAAUUCA